GUCAUUAUGGAGCACUUCUGCCCCGUCCUGGAGCCAGGCAAGGACUUUGAAUCUGAGGAUGCAGCAAGGCAAGAGUGGCUUGACCUCAAGAUCCUGGUUACCUGUCACUACAGGCAUCUCGAUUUCCAGGUGCUGUGGCAGCGGCUGAUCCAGGGUGCCAUCGGAAGAGCCGGCCAGUUCCAGCAUAUGCAGGUGGUAGCAGAGAUCAGCCUUGUCCUCCCCAUGAGCAGCUCCUGCUGCGAGCCUGGUUUCUCCUGCAUGAAACAGGUGAAGUCGGACUGGAGGUCUCGCCUGGCCAAUGACACUCUGAACAGCCUCAUGCAAAUCUCAAUGCAUGGCCCUCCUCAUGAGGAAUACAGCUCAGUGAGAGCAGUCACCAAAUGGUGGAGUAGUGGCAGAAGGUCUCGUCGACCACUGUACUGUGACUGAGGGUGUUGGUUGUCAUCUUGAAACAAAUCUAGUCUGCUUUUCCCUAUUUGUGUGGGCUAGGGUUAGUUAGUUGUAAUUUAAUUGCAUUUAUUUGGUUUAUUUUAUAUGUUCUUGUCAUUUUGUUCCAAGUAAAAACUACUGUACCAACAAUGCAAAGCAGUAAAGGGUCUGAGAUCUCUAGAAGGGAGAAGAAGUGUGAACAGAGUUAGGACUGAGAUCCCAUUAGAGCUGAAGUGGACCAGAAAGUGCUCUGAGUCCUCAUAUAGAGAAGUCAUAAUGUAAACAUGAAGAAAACUGAGUUCUUUUUGCUUUGGUCCACUUCUUGGCUCACUUUAAAAGGACUGAGUU